AUGACGUCAAGGUUUUAGCGCAUGCGUAAUUAAAAAUCGGAAAGUGAAGAGUAAAGCUAGAGGAGAGGAAUACUAUUGUUGUCAUCAUUGAAAUAUGCCUCUUUUUGCGAAUGCUUCUCCUUUCGACCCCGAAGUCGAAAAGGCAACACAUGAAUUUAGUACAAGUGAAGAUUGGAGUCUGAUCCUCGACAUAUGUGAGAAAGUUGGGCGCCAGCCAAAUGGAGCCCGAGACUGUCUCAAGUCCAUUGUCAAACGUCUGAAUCAUAAAGUUCCUUUUGUGGCCAAACAGGCUUUGACGUUGCUUGACGCAUGUGUGAACAACUGUGGACGCCCAUUCCAUUUAGAGAUUUGUUCUAGAGACUUUGUGUCAGAGUGUCGUACCUUAAUCAAUCAGAAGGCCCAUCCAAAAGUUGCCCAAAAGCUGAAGUUUAUGAUAAAAAGAUGGGCAGAGAUGCCAGAAUUCAAAGAUGAUGCUGCGCUGAGUCUGAUUCCCUCAUUUUAUGAAAGUUUAAAGAAAGAGGGAGCAGAUUUUUCUGACCCAGAUGUCGCACCCAAGUCAUCUGAUCCUUCACAAGUGGCAAAAGAAGAGGAUGAUAUAGCCAAAGCCAUUGCCCUGUCUCUUCAAGAAGCUGAUAAAGGACAGCCCAAAACAUCAGCCUUGUAUCCCACUUCCAGCUAUCCACCUGUGCAUGAAUCCAGGCCUCGGGAAAUUAGAAAGGUGCGUGCUCUGUAUGACUUUGAAGCUGCAGAGGAUAAUGAGCUGACAUUCAAAGGAGGAGAACUAAUAAGUGUUCUUGAUGAUAGUGAUCCUAACUGGUGGAAAGGUUUUAACCAUCGUGGCGAAGGUCUGUUUCCUGCCAACUUUGUCACUGCAGAUCUUAGUGUUGAACCAGAGGAAACAAAAGAGAAAAAGUCUGUACAGUUCAGUGAAGAAGUAGAAGUGAAGACUUUGGAGCCCCUUCCUGAUGAAGUUGAAAUAGAUGAGUCAAAGAUAAAUGAGGUAUUAAACCUCAUUCAGAAUGCAGAUCCCACAGGAGAAACAUGUCCUGACACUCCUGAGAUGUUAAGCCUAGAAGAGCAAUGCAAGGCAAUGGGCCCCUUAAUUGAUGCAGAGUUGGAAAAAAUAGACAGAAAGCAUACAGCACUAGUAGAGGUGAAUCAGCGUGUCAUGGAUGCCCUGCAGAUGUACCAUACACUAAUGAGAGAAAAUCCAGCCUAUAGCUUUCCAAAAACAAGCCAUGUCCCUCCUCCUUAUGCAUCUCUGCCUUCUGUUAUGGGAUCUUUGCCACCACAGCCACAGAUGGGACAGCCUGCAUAUAAUGGCCAGACUUACAUGUCACCACCUGGCCAUCUAGGGUCGGGACCAUCAAUUAGCCAGCCUCCAGCUCAGACAUUUUCCCCACCUCCUGCUAAUCAAAACUAUUCAAGUUUCCAUGCUCCACAGUUAUCUAUGUCCUCCUUCUCCAGCCUACCGGCAGUCAAUGCUGCUGUGGGGUCCAUGAUUACAACCCCUGCCACCACCCUUGCUGGUGCGACAGCUGCUGCUGCCUCCAGUGACAAUCUCAAAGGAUCAGCAGUGAUGGUGGGCAGCCAGAGCUUGCCUCCCAUUUCCAUGCAGCAGCAGCUGCCACAGCCAUAUCAGAAUGGAAGCAUGGUGACCACUCUGCCCCACACUUACACUGCAGCACCUUCUCAAAGCUUACACUCCAUGCCAACAACUGUGACCUACCAGCCACCUGCACAACCACUUCUUUAAAAACAUUGUAUCUGGAAGAGAUAUACUUUUUCUGAAAACCUGUAUUUGUAGGAUUUGGUAUGUAUGACUGGAUAAUUGGUGACUGAAUGCUUUUUAAAAGAAAGGAAAAAAGAGGUAGGGAGUGCUGGGGGACAUAGGUGGGUAGAGUGGUACUGUGCUACUGGUUGUAGGGGAUUGAUUUUCUUUUUUGAGGGGUAGGAGGGUUGCUUUUUUUGUGCAUUCUAUUUGAUUAAUUUGUCUCUGGAAGUUAGGUAUCUUUGGAAACAUACACUAAUUAUAUUUUAGCAAAAUUAGUAUUAAAACAAACACCUUGGUACCCUAUAGUUUAUCUUGAUAUAUAGAUUCUGUACAUUUCUAUCCCUGUGGGUAUUCACAAAGUAUUCCAGAAGUUUGUGAGGCACUGGGUGUAGGUUGUCUGGGUUCAAGGAAGACCAUGUUCAUAUUUAAACAGAAAAAAGGUGUUUUGAGGUUAAUCCUUCUUUGUACAUCCAUAGAGAUGCAAAUGAUUGAUUUUUUUUUCAGAUUUGUUCAUGAAACAGUGUAUGGCAACAGUUUAAAUCUAUAUAUGUUGUUUGGGGAUUAAAUCUGGGAUUUCAUGGCAAGAUGAGUGUGCUUUGUUAAAUCAUAAAGAUGCUGAUGGUUUUGUAGAAGUGCCAGGCAUUUGAACUGAAGGACUGCUUUCACAAACAAUAUUUUAUUUUAUUGUUCUGGUUUGUUUUGUGACAUGAAGUAUCAGUGCAUUACUCCAUGUGCAAUAUUAUCACAAGGGCUGUUGAGAUCCAUGUAUUAUUUUAUAAAUUAUAAAAUGUGUGGAGCGAUAGAAAAGCUUAGAAAGAUGGGCUGGAAAACAUCAAAACAGAUUUUUCUUUCAUUGAAAUGUUAUGUUACUUCAAUAGAAAUAAUUAAGUUUCCUAGUACCAUCACACAAUAUGUACAACGUUCAUAUCGGGAACAGGAUAUCUUCUCUCUGGACAUUUCAUUCUACCUUUUUGACAUGUUUUUAUAUGCACGUUUCUCUUCUUAAUAUUGCAGUAAUCUAGCAGUUAUUUAUGAAGGUGGAAAAGUUACAUUCAGCACUUUUAAUUUCAUUUUUUUUUUUUUGUUGUAAAGUCUCUCUAGCAUGCAGAUAGGCUUUUCAUUUUUUCUUCAUUUAUGAUCACCUCAGAUAUUCAGCUAAGAACGCAGGAGACAAUGCUUUUUUUUUUUAUUAUUUUUUUUUUACAACCAAAUCUUAUUAUAAAAGAACUUUCUGAACGUGCAGGCUUACUGUUAACCCUGGAAGGAGUCCAUGUUAUCAUCUUUGUUGUUGUUUUUUAGCAUCAAUAUUUAUCAUCAGCCCAGUGUUUUGUUAGUUUUUGUGCAUGUGUGUGUUGGGUUGCGGGGUUGUUUCUUUGUGAACUAUUUUACCAGAGAAAUGUGAUUCUAAGGUUAAGGUUUUUCUCUUAUGCCUCAAAUCCUUUCCAAAUAUGCCUGCAGUUUACCUUUGGUGACUAUAAUUGUGAAUCUAAAAAUAAUUGGUAUGACAAAUCGUAUUUUCUUUUUUCUGAUAAAUCCAAAUAUGAAUUUUUAAUUUUUUUUUUUUUUGCUCAUUUGUACUCUUAAAGGAAUGCAUGUUUCUGUGUGUGUUGGGGGGGGUAGGUGUGUUCGUAUGCGUGCACACAUGUUCAUAGUUAUCAGCUUAUUGCAAGCAUCCAUACUGUCAUUGAGUGGUUUCAUAAAGAACUUUGGCGAAAUUUCUAGUGACAAGAUUUGUGAAUCAGACCAUUAAAGCAUCUGCAUGCCCAAAUAAUAAGCAUUACGAGAAGUAUGUUCUUGAUAAUAUGAUUGACUUUUUGGUAGUUUAAUUUAUCUUGAGAUAAAGUCACUCUUAUCAUAUAGUUCAGCAGUGCAAAGAAAGAGCAAAAAUAUUUGGUUUGAUGUGAGGACAUUUUUAGCAACAUUCAGUUUACUUCCUUUUCAGGUCAAUUAUGGCUUUCUAUGCACAAAAGUGCAGCCAUUAGCGGGUAGACUUCUUUUGAUCUGAAUAGAAUGAUAUUGCAGUAAGCUCCGUAUGUGUGUGUGUGCAUGCAUGAGUAUUCAUUCCUGGUCUUGCAGAUGCAGACACGACACAUGCAUUUUAUUUGUGUAUGUCAUAUAUGUGUAUAGAAGUAGGUGAAGGAGAGACCAUUUCCACAAAAGUUAUCAUUGAACAGAUGUUGCUGUAUAUAAUUACACUUAUGUUUCCAUCAUUUUGUCGAUGGAAGAAGUCACUUGAAUUCUGUCCUGACCACUGACCUGAAACUACUGUAUAGACCCUAGCUGGCUCUGCUUGAAGCCAACAUGUUGCUAUAUAGGUACUCAAGAGUGUUUCAGUAUUCGUAACGUCAUGCCACUAUAUGUAUAUAUAUUUUUUUUUAUGAAGUUCCAAUAUUGCAUGCUUUUUGAACUGCUUUAGUUCUUUGAACUAAGGAAGUAGAUGUCAACCUGUUUUGUGCUUCAUGCUGGUUGUACGACACGGCAGCUAGCAAGAGGGUUGGACGGUGGCAUCAGCAAGUUAAAAGCGCCUGCAGAGCCUGCCCAAUAGUUAGGGAUCAUUGGUCCAGACACAUCUCAGUACAAAACUGAUGGGAAUAUAGUUCAGCUUGUGAAUCUGAUGAUGCAAAUGUGCCUGACAGAAUUGUGAGAGAAAGGGUUUGUGCAAGUGAAUUUUAGUUUUUGUGUGUGUGUAUAUAUAUUGUAAGGCAAUGAAGAUUUUCCCAUCAAGUAUGCAUACAAACAGCUGGGACGCCUUUGUUAUUGUGUGCACUGUUUGUUGCUCCUUCCUUUCCUCUCUCGAUCUAUUUUAGCAUUUACGCACACACACAUAGUGAGCGAGAGAAACAAAUGUAGACAACAUUCUGUUCCUCUCCUAUAAGAAAGGGAGAGUGCUCCUGAACAACCCUAACUAUAUGCUUCAUUCUUUCACAUUAUAUCUUUUGUUCUUCACAUCACCACUUCCAAGCUAUGGAAAUAGGUGUGACAUCCUGCUUUAUUUUGAACAACAUCUUCUGUAGGUUCUCUCAGAGAAAUACUUUUAGUUUUAAUUCCCCACCCCCCUCAACUUAAACGCAGUCCACCAACUCUGGCAACUCUGAUCAGGGUGUAUGAUCAUCAGAUUAUGUCUGUAGCUUAUAAAUUUAUCAUCAUUUGAGUGUUGCAAGUGAUAAUGCUCAGAGCAAGUGCACUGUGAAGUCUUUCAAAGAUAAAGCAAAAAUGAGUAUAUGUUUUAUGUAACCUUUCAGCUGUUUUUUGCUUACAUAAUGAAUUUUUUGCUACCUGGUUUAAUUUCUGUUGAUUCUCAACCAUUUAGUGAUAGAAGCAUGGUAUUAAGUUGCUUUGUUUUUUGAUGUACAAUAAUAUUUGUAUCUGGUACCAGUGAAUAGGUGUCCAGCAUUCAGAUCAUAAUGUUCAGCAUGGCUGUGUACUCCCUUGAUACCAAAUAAACCUUUUGGGUUAAGACAGUUGUAUAGCAGCUGCUUGAUUUUAUUGGGUAAGCCUUUUUACAUCAUUUUCACAGUUACGAGGCUUUUCCUUGAUUGGAUGUGUGAGUGAGAGAAAAAGUGUGUGUGUGUUGUGCAUAUUUGGGUUAAAGUUGUUUAAACAUUUGGUUCCUUUUUCUGCCUUGAGAGUACAGGCGGAUGUUACCUAGUUGACAGUGUACUAUAAUGAAGAUUGCUGCCUUGUGUAGUAAGAUGGUUCCGUAAUGGCAGCUUGUCUGGUAAGUGGGAAGCAAGGAAAGUCACUUGAUGUGUGUUUAUUCAAGCAUAAAUGUAUUUAUGAUUAUUGUAUGAUUUAACAUGGUACUUGAGACAUGUCUUGCUCAUGACUUUUCACAUCACUAGAAAAUUUGCCACCACUCUGAAAAGCCAAUAGACCACUUGUUUUAAAAUUAAAAGACUUUAAAUAUGAAAUGAUUGAUGCCAUGUUGAAAAUGGCGAGGGUGAGGACAUGUUCUUAUGUUUGUUGACGUCUUCAACCUCACUGCCUUAAAUCCCAUUAUCUUUUGAGACUUAAUGAAAAUUCUGCCAGCAUCAAGGCACUUUUAGUUAAAUGCCCUGUACACCGCGCAGAAGUACGGAAUAAUCCGAGUCAACAAAAAUGUUUUGAUGUCUUCAUGGGUCGCAUUUCGGUCUUCGUGUGAACGCUCGUCGUUUUGAGCAAAGCAGCGGUGAUUCCAAGUGAGUGUCCGAAGCAAACGCUGGGUUAGUGUUAGACUAAACAUGAGCGAAAAUAUUCCCUUUCCCCAACUUUAGAAAAAAAAAAUCACAACCGUCUCGAUGCCUGCGGAAAGGACAUUGGCAAGACCGUUUGCGAGUCGUGUCUGUGAAGGUGCGCUAUGCACCACAAGGGUGAGCAGCUCGUUUUUUUCGAUGCCAUGUGAUUAUCUCUCGCGAAGAUGAAAGAUGGGCGUAGGGCAAGAGAUCUUUUGCCAUCUCGUUUCUUUGAUUGUUGUUCGCGAAGUUACUCUUAGGCGAGGUGUAUUCCUGUGAUGUACAUAUUUACUAAUCGCUAUGUUGUUCGUAAGAUGUCCUCCGUCUGUUUGGUCUGUUAUAAUUUUUUUUUAACCCAGUGUGUGACGAAUACGCUGACCCAGAGCAGUUAGUACAAAUUAUGCAAUGGAAGAGAAGUGAACGUUCAUGUGAAUUUCUUGUAGCCGUGUAUUUGUAAUUGAAUACUGAUAAUAAAGUUGUCUUGACACUGGCU